AGAGGGGUCUCGUCGCGCCGCCAAAAACCCUCAAAACCCCCGAGGAGGCGCCGGCGAGGUAGGCGGCGGAGAUGGCGACGCGGGUGAAGGACCUGGCGCGGCGGUCGAGCAAGAAGUACGUGGAGGAGGCGCUGUACCGGCGGCUGUUCCGGCGGGGGUCGACGCCGCAGGCGGUGCGGGAGGAGGUGGACGGCUUCCUCGACAGCCGGAAGCGCGCGUUCAAGUGGGAGGUCGGCGUCUGCGUCCGCCGGCUCCGGCGGCAGGAGCUCUACCGCCCGGCGCUCAAGCUUACUGAAGUUAUGGCAAGAAGAGGCAUGAAUCCUACAGUCGGUGAUCAAGCAAUCCGCCUGGAUCUUGUUGCCAAAUCGAGAGGCAUCGCUGCUGCUGAGAAGUAUUUCAUGGACCUCCCAGAAACUUCGAAAACUCAUCUCACAUAUGGUGCUCUUCUCAACUGUUACUGCAAAGAGUCAAUGACUGAGAAGGCCGAGGCCCUUAUGGAAAAAAUGAAGGAGCUCAACUUUGCUUUCACUGCCAUGUCCUAUAACAGCUUAAUGACACUAUACACUAAGGUCAACCAACCCGAGAAGGUCCCCAGCAUCAUCCAGGACAUGAAGGCUGAUGAUGUAUUGCCAGAUGUCUAUACUUAUAAUGUUUGGAUGAGGUCACUUGCAGCACGUCAAGACAUAUCAGGGGUUGAGAGGGUGAUUGAAGAAAUGAAAAGGGAUGGGCGUGUUGUUCCUGAUUGGACAACAUACAGUAACCUGGCUUCCAUAUAUGUUGAGGCUGGACUGUUUGAGAAGGCAGAAGCUGCGCUUAAGGAGCUAGAGAAGCGGAACACUAGCAAUGAUCUUGAAGCCUACCAGUUCCUCAUUACAUUGUACGGGCGAACACAAAAUUUAGUGGAAGUUCAUCAUGUUUGGCGGUCAUUGAAGCGGAAUAAUCCUAGAAAGGCAAACAUGAGCUAUCUUAACAUGAUUCAAGUUCUGGCGAACUUGAAGGAUCUGCCUGCUGCUGAGGCCUGUUUCAAAGAGUGGGAAGCCCGGUACAUCCGUCCACCUAAGACGAAAGCAAUAGAUGCAGUGACAACCGAAACAUCUAAGUUGGACCAAGAAUCUUCAACUACUAAUGCAUCUAAUAAUGAUUCUGAUGCUAAGGGGACUGAGGACAAGGGAAUGGAGGAGAUUGACAUGAAGCACCCUAAAUAUGACAUCCGAGUUGCAAAUGCUCUGAUGAAAGCAUAUGUUACAGAGGGUAUGCUUGACAAGGCUGUUGCUCUCAAGAAGCGUGCCAAGAUGCGUGGAGGAAGACUUAACUCAAAGACGUGGGAAAUUUUUAUGGAGCACUAUAUCAAGGUAGGGGAUCUCAAGAACGCUCAUUGGUGCACCGACCGUGCAAUCAAGAAGGGGCACAGCAGCGGUAGGAUUUGGGUGCCACCGCGUGACGUGACUGAGACCUUGAUGGGUUACUUUGAGAAGAAGAAAGACGUGGAUGGAGCUGAGAAAUUCGUCGAGGUGCUAAAGAAGGUGCAGAAAGAUCUAGGGACAGUGGUGUUCGAACCACUGGUACGAACAUAUGCAGCGGCUGGGAAGAAGUUCCCUGGGAUGCGACACCGGCUGAAGAUCGAAAACGUGGAAGUUAGCGAGGAAAUUGCCAAGUUGGUCGAUUCCUUGUGUGUUGAUUAAUUAAUUAAUUAGCCUCCCACCUUGCUUCGCCACAAUAACAGACAGCAGGAUGCUUUCAAAAAAAUUCACUUGUUUCUUCUGCAAAACCUGCAACACCAGAAUGUAUACUGAAAUUUAGCAUGACAUUUAUUUGGUUUCAUCCGCUGCUUCUUGCGCACCAUUUGGAGUCCUUGCGGUCUCUGUUUGAAAUGUGUGUCUUUCAGUUGUACUUGCACUCUUGUCUGUGGUCCACCAUCUGAACUAUAUAGAUCUUUCCUGGUUGGAAAUUAAAGAAUUCCUGUACUCUGACUGCAA